AACCGGUUUGAUCAUAUUCCUCCUUCAAGGACUCUUCCCAGUCCUACUUACAGCAUCAAUCCAGGGAGUGAGGUUGCUUUUCACAGAGAAGAAAAGUCUGAUGAAGUGAUCGAGAAGAAACACUGAACACCCUUAUUUUGGAGACAGGGCACUAUGGACUGUGAAUUUACUGUGAAUUCUCUGAAAAAGUUAGCUGCUAUGCCCGACCACACGGACGUGUCCCUGAGCCCGGAGGAGCGGGUCCGAGCCCUCAGCAAGCUUGGCUGUAACAUCACCAUCAGCGAGGAUAUCACCCCGCGCCGCUACUUCCGAUCCGGAGUAGAGAUGGAGAGGAUGGCAUCGGUGUACCUGGAAGAAGGAAACUUGGAAAAUGCCUUUGUUCUGUAUAAUAAGUUUAUAACCUUGUUCGUAGAGAAGCUUCCCAGCCAUCGAGAUUACCAGCAAUGUGCAGUCCCCGAAAAGCAGGACAUUAUGAAGAAACUGAAGGAGAUUGCAUUUCCAAGGACAGAUGAAUUGAAAAAGGACCUUUUAAAGAAAUAUAACGUAGAAUACCAAGACCAUAUGCAAAGCAAAAACAAAUAUAGAGCCGAAUUUCUCAAAAAACUGGAGCAUCAGCGAUUGAUAGAGGCCGAAAGGAAGCGGAUCGCUCAGAUGCGCCAGCAGCAACUGGAAACGGAGCAGUUUCUGUUUUUCGAAGAUCAACUCAAGAAGCAAGAAUUAGCCCGAGGUCAGAUGCGAAGCCAGGAAACCCCAGCGCUGUCGGAGCAGAUUGAUGGCAGCGCCUUGUCCUGCUUUCCCAAACACCAGAACAAUUCCCUGCUGAACGUAUUUGCCGACCAACCCAAUAAAAGUGAUGCCACCAAUUAUGCCAGCCACUCUCCUCCGGUCAACAGGGCCUUAAAGCCAGCUGCUACCCUCAGUGCUGUUCAGAUAGAUGAUACCUUUUUGCUAAUUGUUUUUCAGACACACAACGAAUUUACCAUUACCCACAUCAUCGUGCCAAAGCAGUCUGCAGGCCCAGACUACUGCGACGUGGAGAACGUGGAGGAAUUAUUCAGUGUUCAGGAUCAGCACGGCCUCCUCACUCUGGGGUGGAUCCAUACACAUCCGACCCAAACGGCAUUCUUAUCCAGUGUGGAUCUUCACACUCACUGUUCCUAUCAGCUCAUGUUGCCAGAGGCGAUUGCCAUUGUGUGUUCACCAAAGCAUAACGACACUGGCAUCUUCCGGCUCACCAGUGCUGGUAUGCUCGAGGUCUCCACCUGUAAGAAAAAGGGCUUUCAUCCCCACACCAAGGAACCAAGGCUGUUCAGCGUAUGCAAACAUGUGUUGGUAAAAGACAUAAAAAUAAUCAUGCUGGAUCUGAGGUGAUAUGUUCUGAAGAUUAGCAUGGUCACCACCAGAUACCUGCCCAUGGACAUGUGGUCCCUGGAUUUUCUUAAGAUGUUUCCAGAAGUGACUGAUAUUUUAUAUUUAUACAUUUUAGACCAGAAAGUUUGAUAUUUAUUGCUCUUGUGCAUUUUGAAGUUUUCUUUUUGGUUUGCUCUGUCUCAAGAGUGGUCACAAUGAUGUUAAAUCAAUACCCAUUAAUGGACCCAACUACUAUAACCAGAUAAUAAAUUAUGCUGCAAACUAUAAUAUGACCAGUA